AUGCUUUUUUCUUUUCGUUCUACUAGUUCAACAUCAUUAAAAAUCAACAAUACAAUAAAUGCAACCAAAAUUACAUCACGUUUCGAUGAUAACUCUAGUGAUGAUGAUCGUGAUUUAAUUAUGAAUGAUAAUGAUACAUCAGAUACAAUAUCUUAUUAUAGUGACAGUAGUAAUUCUACCGAAGAUGAAAAUUCUUCAAUAGAUUCAACAACAGCUUCAUCAUCAAGUGAUGAAUCAGAGCUCUCAUCUUUUGAAAAUAAUAGUGAUGAAGAUGAUGCAACAUCAUUAUCAUCACCAUUUACCGAAGAAGAACACGUAAUUAAAGAAGCAAGUGCAAAUAUUACAAUAUUACUAUCGAAAAUUCAUAUUCUCCUUAAACGUAUUCGUAAAUUAGUAUCUACAAUACUUAAAUCUAGUAUAUUAAACAGAUACGUUGACAAACAAAUCAAAUUAAAAGAAGAAGAUGUUAACAAGCAAUCAACAGAAGAACAAAAAAAAAUUCGAUUAAAAAAAUUCACGUUAGAUAUGAAAAUCAGAUGGAACAGUACGUUGGCGAUGUUAUCACGCUUUUUAUGUCAUAGUUCUAUUAUUAAUUCAUUAACACAUGAUCCAACAUCAAUAAUAGGUUUGAAAACACGGCAAUGUCGUACAUUAAGAAAACUAUCAUUUUCGUCGAUUGAUUGGACAAUUUUAAAAUCACUUGAAUAUGUUUUAUUACCUUUCGAUCAAGCAACUACAGCUUUAUCAAAUCGUCAUCGAUCAAGUUUGUCUACCAGCUAUGGUGCAAUACAUGCAAUUAAAGGUUUUUUGAAAGCAAAAGAAAACGCUCCAUUGACAUUAGAAAACAUACUCAAGAAGCACUUGUUAUCAACGUUUGACUACUAUUAUGAAAAACAUGUAACAGAUGAACAAAAUAUUGUUACAUUAGUAUCAGCAUUUCUUGAUCCAACAACUUAUCGAUAUGUCAGUAUUAAUGAUCGAAAAAAAGCUGAAGCUAUUUUACUCGAUGAAAAUUCAAUUGUUCAUUCAAAAAUAAAUUUACAAACAACAUCAUCAUCAUCAUCAUCACCGUCUUCUCAAGCAAAAAAUUCAACAUCAAACAUCAAGGAAGAAAAAGAGGAUUCAUCAAAUGCACUAUACAAUUUAUACAAAUUAUGCGGUUUAUCCUGUAAUAAAACGUCGAGUAAUUCGCAUAACUGGACUGUAAAAGAAGAGCUAUGCCAUUAUUUAUCAACAGUUAGUGAAAAUCAAACUUUUUCUGAAUAUUGGAACAACAAUAAAACUCGUUUACCUAUCUUGUCAUCUAUAGUACGUCGUUAUCAUAUAAUUUCUGCGACUUCUAUAUCAUGUGAAAGUGCUUUUAGUAUUUCAGGUUUUGUUCAGAAUAAGUAUCGAGCUUCUUUAGCACCAGAAAAAUUAAGAUAUUCUAUGAUACUACGUAAUUAG